AUGAAACCAUUUUUCGUACAAAGAAAAAAAUUCGGGUCGUGUUGUUUUAAAAAAAAGGAAAAAUACGAUAAUGACGAUGAUGACGAUGAUGAUGGUGAUGAUGUCGGAGGAGGAGGAGGAAAAGUAGGAAAAGGGGGAAGAGGACGAGGACGAGGAAAAGGAGGAGGAGGAAACGGAAGAUGGAGAGAAUAUUCGAUCGUCGCGUGUGUCGCUUUUAUUUGUUAUUUAAACGCAUUUUUCGGUGAUUUCGUACACGACGACAUACCCGCGAUAACGCGAAAUCGUGACGUCACUGGUCAAACCCCCAUUCUUCAAGUGUUAAAAAAUGAUUUUUGGGGAACCGCGAUGAGCGAUCCAUCGAGUCAUAAAUCAUACAGGCCGCUCACCACAUUUUCAUUCAGUAAGAUCGACCGAAAAUAA